GAAGCCCAUCUCUCGGCUCCUCCCCGUGGCCGCCCUGCCCCGCCCCGUGUCGGGACAGCCUGGGCGGGGACCCGCGGCUGCAGGGCGCGCCGUCUGGUGCUCCAGGUGCAGUUCCCAUGAGCCUGGGGGCCCGCGGUGGCCCAGGAGGAGUGGCCGGUCUCCAAUCUGCCCCUGCCGUGUCUCUGCGCCCUGUCCACUGGACGCCAGUGAGCCUCAGAACCAAGGGAAGCCACCAGCUAUCUCUGGUAUGCCACAACUCUGAGUGGGACCUGCUGGGAGGCCCAAGUCACCUCAACCACCUUGCCUGCCCAGGUGUCAAGAUGCUGAGCCGGAAGCUCCCCAGGCUGUUCCGCAUAGACCAAGUGCCACAGGUGUUCCAUGAGCAGGGCAUCCUCUUUGGCUACCGACACCCACAGAGUUCCGCCACUGCCUGUGUCCUCAGCCUUUUCCAAAUGACCAAUGAGACCCUCAACAUCUGGACGCAUCUAUUACCCUUCUGGUUCUUUGUGUGGAGGUUCGUGACUGCAUUGUAUAUGACAGACAUCCAGAAUGACAGCUACUCAUGGCCCAUGCUCGUGUACAUGUGCACCAGCUGUGUGUACCCCUUGGCAUCCAGCUGUGCACACACCUUCAGCUCUAUGUCCAAGAACGCCCGGCAUAUCUGCUACUUUCUGGACUAUGGUGCUGUCAACCUCUUCAGCCUGGGAUCAGCCAUCGCCUAUUCCGCAUACACAUUCCCUGAUGCACUGGUCUGCAGUACCUUCCAUGAAUGCUACGUAGCCCUGGCAGUGCUGAACACCAUUCUCAGCACUGGUCUCUCCUGUUAUUCCAGGUUUCUUGAACUCCAGAAGCCCCGGCUCUGCAAGCUGCUCCGGAUCCUCGCCUUUGCCUACCCCUACACGUGGGACUCACUCCCCAUCUUCUACAGGCUGUUCCUGCUCCCGGGAGAGAGUUCAAGAAAUGAAGCCAUCCUGUACCACCAGAAGCACAUGGUCAUGACCCUCCUGGCCUCUUUCUUAUACUCUGCUCACCUGCCAGAGCGACUUGCUCCUGGACGCUUUGACUACAUCGGUCAUAGUCACCAGCUGUUUCACGUGUGUGUGAUCCUGGCCACACACUUGCAGAUGGAAGCCAUCCUCCUGGACAAGACUCUGAGGAAGGAGUGGCUCCUGGCCACCUCCAGACCCUUCUCUUUGCCUCAGAUAGCAGCAGCCAUGCUUCUUUGUAUCAUCUUCAGCCUCAGCAACAUUAUUUAUUUCUCAGCUGCUCUGUAUCGGAUCCCUGAGCCUGAAUUACAUGAAAAGGAAACAUGAUUUCAGAACAUGCCAGGCUUCAGUGUUACAUCACUGGUGUGGUGCUGGCUUACAGUGACCAAAAGUAUUUGUAGUGACUGGCAUCUUGACGUUUUUUUUUUAAAUGGGUUCAUAUCAAAAAAAGUAUUUAACCUGGGGAGAGUUCUGUACACAUGCACUGAUUCUGCAAGUGUUCUGUAAAAGGGAGAACAAGGGCUUAAGUCCUAGGGAAGACAAAUUAUUGAAAUGUUAAGUUUUAAAUUUAUUUAAAAUGGGGUGUUUAGGGGAUAGGGGUAUAGCACAGUUGGUAAAUGCUUGCCUAAAAUAUACAAAACCCUGUAUUUGUUUGUUUUUGUCUGGUUUUGUUUGUCUGUUUGAGAUAGGGUCUCACUAUGUAGCUCAGGCUGUCCUGGAAUUUACUAUGUAGACCAGGCUGACUCUAAACCCAGAUAAUGCCUGCCUCUGACUCCUCAGCACUGUGAUUAAAGGCAUGCACCACUAUACUGAGUCCCUGGUUUUGAACCUCAGCAAAGCAUGAACCUGGCCUGAUGGUGCAUGCCUAUAAUUCCAGCACCAGAGAAGUAAGAUCAGAUGAUCAGAAGUUCAAACCCAUCCUUGGCUAUUUAGUGAGUUUAAGGCCAUCCUUGGAUUCAUGAGAUUCUGUCUCUAAAAAUAAAGUUCUCAAUUCUAUUUAAACAGUUGGAUUAAGCAUAUUGCCCUGCCAUUCUAAUUUUUAUAUUAAUGUUUAAAAUAAAACCGGCUGCAUUUGAUGAAUUUUGUAUAGCUAGGCUUUUUCCCCAGAUGAGAGAGAUGUUUCAAUGAGUUAAGAAGCUUCCUGCCAAGACUGACAAUGGGAGUUUGAUCCUCAGGACCUGCUGUAAAAUAUUCCACAGUACAGACAAAAUGUGUUGAUCUCUGGAGCUAAGUGUGUCAUCCCAACUGGUAGGAUUCCCUUUUCAAGCACAGAAGGAGAUGUCACAUACCUUACAUUGUUUUAGCCUGCCCAGUAUGCUGCUGGGCUUAGUGUUUGCGGAGGGUGUUGAAAACCUCACCAAUGGGACAGUCAAAAGUCCUGUCUUCAAGUUUACCUGUGAAACAGAAAGACCAGGUAAGCUUGUGACACUCAUUUCCUGGGGUGGACCUAGGGAUUCUGCUUUCCUAGGUUAAAUGCAGCUUUUUGUAGAGGAAAUGUGGAGAAGAACAUAUCCACAGGAGGUCUCCCACACAGGAGGGUCAGGAGCAAAAGCUAAAGACAUUUGUGAUCAAAGCUCCGGUAACCUGGGGAGAUACCUUGAUCACAAAGGUGCUUUUCCCAGGGCUAGACUUAUCCAUUGCUCUCCAGAUGUGCUGACCCCUUCAGUUUCCCCAAAUGUGGGAAACUCAACUGCAUAAUUUGUGGUAGUGGGGAACUGCAUGUUCGUGCUGUCUCCUAGAGGAAGGAAAAAGUUUCAGCAACCUGCCAUCUAUGUGCAAAUCCCUGCUUUCUCUCCAGUUUUCUACUAUCAAUAACAUUUUUAAGAGGUAAAAAAAAAAAAAAAAAAGAAGUCUUGUGGGCCAAACCCUGGACUAAAAAGUAAGUAAAGCUGAAAAGAGACUGGAAGGAGAGGCUCUCAGGCAUGCAUGCAGAUUUAAAGCUCUCUGCUUCCUGUGUGUGGAUGAAAUGGGGUCAGCCAUCUUCCUGACUGCUGGGCCAGCCUCACAUUCAGGAUCCAUGCCUUCCCUGCUAUGGCAGAUGACAGUAUCCCUUCUGGAAUAAUAAGCCCAAAUAAACCCCUUCUUAAAAAAUAAAUAGUAACAAGAAGUCACACACACACACACACACACACACACACACACACACACACACACACACACACACACACACACACACGCACGCACGCACGCACUCACGCAACAACAACAAAACACUGCUAAGAGCCACAACCUUGUUCAAUGAUCUUUGCAGCCUUACACAGAAAAUACUUGUGCAGGGACCUAACCACAGUUGCCUGUCUUGAACCAAUGCUACCCUUGUUAUUGAUGCUGUACUCAUCACAACAUAGCAUCCUCCUCAUUUUGCCUUAAAAAAUUUUCCCCUUAUGGGGCUGGAGAUGGCUCAGUGGGUAAAGCGCUUGCUGUGCAAACAUCAAGGUGAGUUCAGAUCCCCCAACAUACACCAUGGAAACCUAGGUGUGGUUGCACAUACCUGUAACCCCAGCACCAGGAACAGAGAUAGGCAGGUCCUGGGAACUGACUGGCCAGAUAGUCUAUCUAAAUGCAGAGGUUUGGUGAGAGGUCCUAUCUCAGCAAGGUGGAAGCAAUGGAGGUAGACAUUCUGAUGUCAGCCUCUGGUCCCACACGCACCAGCAUGGAUGAGAGUGUCUAGGCACACUUGCCAGGUCCAGCAGGCUUGUCUGGUCCAUACCUGAGAGGGGAGUGUGGACUGAGGAAAGAAAUAGGCCUGAGACAGAGGGCACCUGGUGAAUACCAGGGUCCACCUUAGGUUUAUUGCUCAAAAUUCUUAUAUAGCCCAACCAAAAGGGGGGGAUCAAAAGACUCCUUUGCCAUGAUACAAGAAACAAAUGGACUUAAUUACUUCCUUAAUUCUCCAAACAUUUAGUAACCACAUCUUAUAUCAAACCUCUAGUUAUUUAGCCUUGAAGAUUAAGAAAUCUAGUAACCUUAGAUCAAGGUUUCUGUGAUCUAGGUAAGACAUCCACACCUUAGGCCAAACAUCCUUCAGUAGCCAUACCCACACCUUAGUCCUUUGGGUCUUAGGCCUUUAAUCUUGAAAGAGCAAGGAUAGUUUUGAACUCUCUGACCUUAAGUCAGUAUGGAACAGAGCCAUCUAUAUGGACCCUGACACACAAUCACCCUUGCCCAGAUUCCUCAUGUGCAUGUAAUUUACCACAGGGUGUAGCCAUUGCAGCGAUGUUCUGAUUAAUUUGUUGUCUUUGGAGAAGCUCUGUUAUUUAGGCUCUUGAUACCUAGCAUGGCAAUUCCUUGUUUGUUGCAUUAGUAAUUAAAGCUCAGCAUUUUAUAGUGUUCUCAGGGAGUCCAGAAAUGCUGAUACAAAACAAAUUUUAAGAGAGGUCCAUCAACCCCUGAUCUGUACUUGAUAAUGACUUUUUUGGAGGGGGGGCAUCCAUCACAGUGCUAGGUCCUCUUUGCUGACUCUGAAAUACCCUCUGUCCUGUAACACCCACUCCAGGAUUAAACAACUCAGCCAUGUCAAUGGCCUUGCCAGUAGCUCUCAGAGUCAUCCUUUAAUAAGGACCAAAGUAUUUUGGAUGUGAGUGGUCAAGAAAUAUGGUUUCAUUAUUUUAUUAUGUUUACUUCUCCUCAGGAAGGGAGACUGAUGCAAUUAUAUGAGCUGGUAAAUUUUGUUACGUUAAUUGUAAACUACACAAUAAAUUUUGUUCUUUAAUAGCAA